AUGGCGGACAAAUUUGUGUUUUUUGUUACUGUAAGUUUGCUGAGGUACUGUAGAAAGUAAAAAAAAGUGUUUUAACAGUAACCUAUGUUAUAGUAGUAUAACUUUUAAAUGUUUUAUCGAAUCACGUAGGCUUUUAGGAAAAUAAUAUUUCUUAUUUGUCCCAUAUAUAUAUCAUAGUAAAACCAAAAAAACUUUUAGUUAGCUAGUGUUAUCUUGGCUUCCUACUUGACCUACGCCAAGAAUAGUACAGUGAAGUGUCAUAAGAACGCUGAGUUUGUCAAAUGUGCUUCGCCGUGUCCCUUGACUUGUCUUGAUGUGCUCGAAAAGACCACACCAUCAUGUACAGAAAAGUGUAAACCAGACUGUGUUUGUAAAAAAGGCUAUGCUACCUCUAGAGGCUACUGUAUUAAGGAGAAGGAGUGCAAAGGUAAUUUUUAGAAAAAACUUGUUGUUAGUUCUUAUUAUUUAUAACAUGUAUGUUGUUUAAAUAAUUCUUUGCUCUCUCUCUCAAAGCAAAUCUUUAAGAUUAGAGAGCACGUUAUUACUUGAACAACUUAAUGUUUUACUUAAGUGACAUUAGAAACUCAAAAAAAAAUUAAAAAAAAUUUUUUUUUUAAUUUUAUUGCUAAUAUGUUUAAACUUCCAAAUAAUGUCAUAUUUUAACAUUCAGAAAGCUACAAACCUCAUAAAUCUUCAAAGUCAUCAAAGAAAGAAUCAAAGAAAGACGAUAAAAAAGAUAAAAAGUCAAAGUGUCCACAGCACGCUGAUUACAAAAGGUGUAGUAGCCUGUGCCCACCAACUUGUGCUAGUAUUCAAGCAAAAGACAGAAAGGUAAGCAUACUGUAAUUUUAAAUUAAUUAUCUUUUGUUAUUUUAUAUCGGCUGCAACUACAUGUAUAUUUGAUUGAACUUACUUACUAUGUCUUACUGUAAUAUUUUUUGUUACUGUGUAAAACUGAUAGUACUGUAUAAUACUGUAGUGUUAGGCUCUGAAUGAAGAGGAAUAACUUAAGAAGAGCGUGGAGAAAAAAGAAAGAAUAGAAAGUGUUACAUAUCAUAUUUUACUUUCUUUUUGUUACUGUAUAAAAUUUAUAGUACUGUAGAGGAUCAUAGACCGGAGUAUAAUGCUCUUGUAUAAGAGAAAGGAGUUGAGAAGAGAGUGA